AUGAAGUCUUCCUUGUUUGUUGCGGCCGCUGGCCUGCUCGGCUCAGCUGUCGCCAGCCCUCAUGCCCAUGGCCAUGGAAAAUUCCAUCGCCGUGCUGUUCCAAACCCUCAGGAGACCUGCUUCUGUGAAACCAGGGUCGUCACCUUCUAUGGACCUCCAACCCUCGUCUUCCCGACGCCGACACCGACUCCAACACCGAUUGAAACGACCACCACCGUCCAGUCGACCAGCUACACCACUGUGACUGUCAAUACCACUGUUCCUGCUUCCUCCCCGGCUCCUAGCUCCUCCGAAACUACCCAACUGCCAACUGAUAUCGUCAUCGUCUACCCGACUCCAGGAACUUACACCAUUCCCCCAACCACCUAUACUGUUCCCACCACGGCCACCGUCUGUCCUUCUUCUCCUUCUUCCAGCGCGCCAACUGGCCCUGUUACCAGCGGUGCUCCCCCAUGCCCCAAUCCCACCACUAUCCCACCAGGCACCUAUAAUCAGCCUGGCAUGGUCGUAACUAUCACCAUCACCAAGCAAAUCGUCACCUGCCCUGCGCCAACCAACACUCACCCGGCACCACCACCACCACCACCAACCACGACCCCAGCUCCUACUCCCGCUGAGCCAUCCCCGCCUCCCCAGGCCCCAACCAGCAAGGCUCCUGAACCACCAAAGACCCCAACCUCUUCCCAGGCCCCGGCUCCUAAGCCAAGCGGUGGUCUCGGUGGAGGUAAAACUGGUGGCAUGACCUACUCUCCUUACUCCAACGAUGGCCAGUGCAAGGAUGCCGGUACUGUCAUGAAGGAUAUUUCCAUCAUCAAGGGAGCCGGUUUCACUACCAUCCGCCUGUACUCCACUGACUGCGAUGGCCUCAAGAACGUUGGUGAUGCCUGCAAGGCCCACGGCGUUAAGAUGAUCAUUGGCGUCUUCAUCUCUGAGACUGGUAUUGAAGGAGCUGGUAAGCAGGUCACAGACAUCACCGGCUGGGCACGGUGGGAUUUGGUUACCCUCAUUGUCGUCGGUAACGAGUCCAUCCAGUCUGGUCGCACUAAUGCUGGCGCUCUCGCCGGGUUCAUCAUCUCAGCCAAGGCCUCCUUCAAGAGUGCUGGCUAUGGCGGCAUGGUCACCACCACUGAGACCGUCAACAUCUGGCAAGCCAGUGGCUCUACCCUUUGCGACGCAAUUGAUGUCCUUGGUGCCAAUAUCCACUGCUUCUUCAACCCAGAUGUCACCGCCGACAAAUGUGGCAGCUUCGUCCGCGGCCAGAUGGACCUUCUCUCCAAGAUUUGCCCAGGCAAGAAGGUCUACAACCUCGAGACGGGCUGGCCUAAGCAGGGUAACCCUAACAACCUCGCUAUUCCUGGUGUAUCACAACAGAAGCAAGCCAUCGAGUCUCUUGUCAAGGAAGUCGGACCUGACUCUAUCUUCUUCUCCUUCGUUGAUGACUCCUGGAAGGACCCUGGCCAGUACGGAGUCGAGCAGCACUGGGGAUGUAUCAAUGUCUUCCAGUCAAUGUAA